AUGGCACCAGCACUCGAGCAAGCUGACCGUAAGCGACCUGUCCAGCCUGGUUUGCCUGGCUACCUCCACUCAACAGGCAGCUUAGGCGCGCUCGUGCGCCAGACUUCUACCGACUCCGAGGAUGGCAAUCAAGGCAUAUCUCCCGACGAACUGGCUAUGCUCGAGGAUACAUAUCAGCAAAGUUCGGUGCAAGUGGGCGAAGAAGUCGAGUCCUUUGCCAGGUAUCUUGACGACUGCCUUGCGACGCGGGGCUCUCCGACCGAACAACGAUCAAGAAUCUUUAGACUGGUUGACAAUUACUACGAAUAUGCCAGCGAUCGGGCAGAGACUCUGCGGGAGCGCUACCGGCUGAAGAAGGCUGUGCGCGGAAUGAGAGACGGCCAGGAUGCCAAUGACAUGGACGUCGAUGAGCAGGACGAGAACUCCAUGAGCCAGCAGUACGCUGACCUGAAGAAAUGGGAGGAGGAGGCAGAGACGUGGGAUCUACUUCGACGCCUCCUGCCGCUGAGAUAUCGUGACAAGAGUGCAGGGUCUACGUCCAAGCGCGCAUCAAGCAAGGUGCCUCACACGCGCAGGGAGUAUUGGUUAGACUUUCUCGAGUCGGAGCCGAAGGCGAAGGAACACAAGACGAUCCUGGAAUGGCUGCAAAACAAUGCGAGCAAGGGGCCCGAGAUUGACGAGCUAGUGAAGGACCUCCAGCGCAAUGCUGAACGGGGAGAGCUGCUCACUCAUGGCUGGCUCCACACCAGAGGUGCCAUUAAGCAGCACAAACGACUUGUCGCCGCAUCCGAUGCACUUGACCCACGGUCACCAGAUCUCGUUGAUUCGAACCUCGAUAAGAACGGGAAGAUCGUCACGCAACUCGAUCCAGACGUCACUUCGAGGCAGGCCGGGCGUAAUCUAGCGCCUGAAGACGCUUAUUUCGAGCGUGCACUCUGGCUUGGGUGCUUCGAGCUACUGCGCAGAGGCCGCAGCAUGUCUGAGAUACGGGACUGGUGCGCAGAGAGAACCGAGAUCUGGCGGGCAGCGUCUAUGUCAGCGUUGCCGCUCUCAUCUGGCGACGAUGAGGAUGUUCCGAACUAUGACCCCUAUCCCACAGUUCUUUGGCGUCGCAUGUGUCACAAGUUGACCCGGGAUCGGGGUACGGACCGCUUCGAGCGGGCCGUCUACGGUCUCUUGUCGGGAGACAUCACCAGCGUGGAGGCAGUCUCCAGGACCUGGGACGAUUUCACCUUUGCCAAAUACAAUGCCGAGCUCCGCGGCCAAUUUGACGCGUACUUGGCUAAACAGUGCGACCCAGAAGCAAUCCAGGCCAUGACAAUGCUUCAUGGCGAUGUCGCAGUCUUUUCGGAUUCUCGAGAUAGAGAAGAACGCAACCGCAAGGCUGCCAAUACACCCGCCAAAGCUCUACAGGCGGCCAUCAUUGAGGAUAGACUGUCGACGUUCCUCUACCAGCAGGGCUGCAAACUCGCAGAUAUGGCUAAUGCCAAGAAGGAGUCCAAGCUCAUACCCAAAUAUGACACGACUGCCUCCGUGCCGGACAGUCCUCGAUUCGUCAACCUGUCCGACCACGACACGCUGCGGAUCUUGGCCCAUGCCCAUAUUAUCGUCUCCGCUCUCGAGAGGCUCGAGGGCAAGGUUGCCACUGAGGUGGGCCUGAUGGCGAAGCGCCAUCAAACAGAAGACCACUGUAUCGCUGCCUACGCCAGUUACUUGCGGCUGGUACACCUCCAAGAGCUCAUCCCGCUCUACUCCUCGAGACUUAUCGGAGAGAGGCGCUACUCUAACAUUAGCCGCAACAUCAUCGGAGUCGAUGAGCGAGAUUUCCAACUAAGAAUCCUCAACAUCAUGCAGCGGCUUGGCCUUGAUGUUGUACACUUCGUCAAGACCCAACCACUGCUCUACUUCUCAGAAGUCCGUGACGAGCCAGGCGUUUGCCCAGCCAAGGGCAAGUUCAAGAUUCUCGAGGGUACUGCUCCCCAUCUUAAGUACGGACGUUUGAUCAAGCCUGGCAUUUUUGGAGGCGACCCCGAUGAUCCCAAUCUGGCGGAUCCAAAGGACGAUCAUCUCAUCCGGUCACUCGAGUGGCUGUUGCUGGUUGAUGGUCUGGUCCUGGAAACUUGUGCAUACGGUGUCAGGCUGUACAAGUACUUCCUCAAAAAUCAACACCUUUUAGCAGCCCGCAUACUUGCGUCCAGAUUGUCAUGCUCACAGCUCAUGAGUGCGAAGGUCGGUCUCGGAUCUCCUCAGGAAGAGUUGGACCCGAAUUGGUGGGACGAGACAUUUGGAAACACGAGACCCGAGAUCGGCGAACGCAUGGACGAGGAUGGCUUUGGCGAGAUGGGAAUUUCCAAAGAGCAGCUAGCGAACCAUGCUCGGCCUUUGUGGGAACUGGAGUGCUUGGUUAACGCCCUUGACUGCCUGGAGACCACGGCCUGUGGCGCGGCCAGCAAUCGACAGGAUCCGUCGCAGAAUAGAGACCUCACCAAGGCUAUCGACGACAACGCCAAGCUGAUGAAGGGCUUCAUGAAGCCUGUCUUGAAGGACUGGCUUCUGGAAAGCGUCGAAGAGGACAAAGACUACCAAGAGCUGAGAGAGACCUACCUCCCGGAGGUCAUCAUCGCCUACGCGAGCACGCUCCAGUUCGCGGGGACGACCACCUCGCGGGACUACCUGCUCGAGUGCAUGGACCUGGCGUCGGUCAUCGCCGACAAGGACUCGGACCUGGCGCAGCUGUUUGUCAAGUCGGGCCGGAUGAAGGAGCUCAUCGAGUCGUUCGCCUCGUGCAGCAAGGCCCUCGCGAUCUGGACGAGCGAUGUCAAGAAGGGCGGGCCCGGCGCGAGCUCCAAGAAGCUCAGGGAGAUGGGCUGGUCGAGGGAGCUGUGGUCUAUCAAGCCCUGA